AUGGCCAGCCUUGUCAGGAGGUUCAGGGAGGGUAUUCCUACCCCUCAUUUGCAGGCCCCUGGUGCUGAGAACGUUCAUGGGGAGGAUAUCUGGUUGGAUAAUGACGAUAUCCGUCCCUUAAAACUGGCAGAUCGCACGUGGAACUUCUGGACGUAUCUGAUCUUUUGGUUCUCAGCAAAUGCUACUGUUUCCAACUGGUAUUCUGCCUCGAGCGCUCAGGCUCUCGGUCUGAGCAUGUGGGAGUCAAUUGGAUGUUCUUUCGGAGGCCAGGUUCUGAUCGCCAUUGUUAUUGUGCUUAACGGCCGAGCAGGGGCAAAGUACCACAUUGGCUAUCCAAUUCUCAACAGGGCUUCAUUUGGUGUCUUUGGUGCUUGGUGGCCGACUUUCAACAGAGCGGUGAUGGCCAUCGUCUGGAAUGGAGUAAACGCUGUCCAAGGGGGUCAGUGUGUCUAUGUUAUGCUUCACGCACUAACUCCAAGAAUCGCCACCAUAAAGAAUGUCAUGGGCACAGGAUCUGCUCUUGACUCAGGUGGAAUGAUUGGUUUUGGUGUCUACUGGGUCUUGGUUUGCUGUUUCCUCGUCAUCCCAAUUCCAAAGAUGAGAGGCUUAGUCUACGCUAAACUGGGGGUCUUCGUGGUCUCAGCCGUUGCAAUGUGCGCUUGGACUUUGACAAAAGCAGGUGGCGUCGGAGAAGUUGCCCGUCAGCCUGGCACGGCUCAUGGCUCAACUAAAGCAUGGUUGAUCGUCCGCUUCUUCCUUCUCGGCGCUGCUAAUUGUGCAACUUUUGCCUCCAAUGCAGCUGAUUUCCAAAGAUAUGCGACCAAGCCCAGUGAUGUUGUUGCCGGUAACCUAGUCGGCUUUCCGUUGUCCAAUCUCAUUGUUGCCAUAGUUGGCAACCUCGUUGGUUCCAGCUCCCAAGUCGUUUUCGGGAAGCUGAUCUGGUCACCACUAACGUACCUUGACAUGCUCCAAUCAACUUCCUACACAGCCGGCAACCGCGCUGGCUGUUUCCUCAUCGCCGCCUGUUUCACCUACUCCUCUAUCUUCUCCGCUAUCUUCGAGAACUCCCUCCCGGCAGGGAAUGACAUUGCUGCCCUGUUCCCCAAGUACCUGACGGUCCGAAAAGGUUUCUUCAUCUGCGCCGUCAUCUCCUUCGCCAUCAACCCCUGGUACCUCCUCGGCUCCGCCGGCAUCUUCAUCUCCUUUCUGGCAUCCUAUCAGAUUUUCCUCGGCGCCAUCACCGGCGUCUUGCUCUGCCACUACUACAUAGUCACCCGCGGCUAUCUCGAGAUCGACGACCUCUACACCAGCCGGAAGUCUGGAGUCUACCACUACUACCACGGCUGGAACUGGCGCGCCUACCUCGCGUAUGUCUUUGGCAUCGCCCCAAACUUCUACGGCUUCCUGAACAACAUGGGGGUUCACGCACCCAUCGGCGUCACUCACGCCUAUUACUUUGCUUAUCCGAUCGGGCUGUUUCUCUCCUUCGGCACGUACUGGGCGGCGAAUUGGAUCAGUCCCCCGCCGCUGACGUUCCCGCUGAGCGAGUGGCACGAGCCAGCGGAUUAUGUGAGGCCCGAGGAGCGUGGUCAGGUGGUUAUUGGAAGGCAGCUCGACGUAGAGAGUCUCUCUGGGCGUGGGAGCGAGGGGCAAAAGGGACCAGGCGAAAAGGAGGUUACGGUCAGUCCUGUGAGUGCGGUGAGCAGCUCACGUGAUUGA